CUUCCCCAGCUCCGACCCCAUUCGCUACGACAAACCCCGAAAGAAACAAAUCCCUAACUAUCUUCUUCUUCCCCUUCCCAACUUUCCCCUCUUCAAGAUUUGUGCUUUGAAGAAACUUCAUGUAGUCGAUCAGCAGUAGCAUCCACUGUACCGUACAGAGGCAGAGCAAAGAAAGGAAGCAGAAAAAUGGCGUAACGUCGACCACGCGUUCUCGAUUACCGACGACGAUCUACUGAUGGACGGAUCGUACACCAACACCAACCGUCCUCCCAUCAAGGAGAUCGGACUCGCCGUCUCCCUCCUCGUCUUUGGCGUCAUUGGUAUCGUCGUCGGCUUCUUCAUGACCUCCAACAGAGUCGGCGGCGACAGAGCUCAUGGUGGUUUGGAUUUCUACCGCUCGGGUUUUAAUUAUGGUCGUCGAAGUGCUGGGGAUCGGUGUUAGUCUGGGAGUGGAGCAGCCGAUGAUGGUGGAUUGGGUGGAGGUCGCAGCGGCGGGGCGGCGGCGGUCAAGAGGGAGGAUGUGGUGAGGGCAGUGCAGAGAGUGGUGGGCGGCGAUGAGGAGUGUGAAGCGAUGAGGAAGAGAGCGACGAAGCUCGCCGGGAUGGCUCGGCAAGCGGUGGAGAGCGGAGGAUCUUCUUAUGAGAAUGUUACGAAUGAUGGCGGUGCUCUAUGGGGAGUUGAGAGACGGGGAGGAGCAAGCUCGGAGGCAGCCUUGUAGGGCUUCGACGGCGACGAAGAGCGACGGGGUCUGGGAUUUGGGUGAAAAUUAGGCCGUCAAUAAUAGGGUUUGGGAGAUUGAAUGGGUUUGGGUUGAGUUUAUGAUAUGGAGGGGUUAAUGAUGUGGCAUGGUUUUUUUUAUUUUUUUUUUCUGGUUAAAAUAGGAUGACUAAGCACCUCUGUUAGCCACGUCAGCAGUUAACUGAUGGUACUAACGGAGUUUGACGGAGGUUAACAGAGAGUGACCAAAGUUGGACGGUUCAACUAAUUUAAGUGACUACGAAUGGAAUAAAUCAAUUCGAGUGACCAAACAUGAAAUUUU